AUGGAAAAUGGUCAAUGCAUGCGGCACUUUCCUAAGAGAUUUGUUGCGAGUACUAUGAUUGAUGAAGACGGUUAUCCAGUUAAUAGGCGCAAGGACGAUGGCAAAACAAUAACCAAAUCAGGUGUGGAACUUGACAACCGAUAUGUCGUGCCUCACAAUAGGAAGUUAUUAUUGAAAUAUGGUGCUCACAUAAAUGUUGAAUGGUGUAACCAGUCAAGAUCGAUUAAGUAUCUAUUUAAAUAUGUCAAUAAAGGCCACGACUGUGUAACAGCUUCAUUUUACAGAAGUGCCACAAGUGUUACAGAUAAUGAUAAGUGUGAUGAAGUUAGUAUGUAUUAUGAUUGUAGGUACAUAUCCCCGUGCGAAGCUUCAUGGAGAAUUUUUGGAUAUAGCAUUCAUUAUAGGAACCCUUCUGUGGUAAGGCUAGGCUUUCACCUUCCUGGUGAACAACCAGUGAUAUUCAAGGACGAUGAAAACUUGGAUGAUGUUGCUAGGAAAGAGUCUGUGAAAGAAUCCAUGUUCUUGGGAUGGUUCAAGGCAAACAAAAAAUACGCUGAAGCUAGAUGUUUGACAGGAUCUACCAGUUAUGAACAGAUUAAAACUAUUGAUGGUGUUGUCUACUCGACAUUUCGAGGUGCAUGCUAUGCAUAUGGACUUUUGGCUGAUGAUAAAGAAUACAUUGAUGCUAUACAGGAAGCAAGUCACUGGGGCUCAGGAGAAUGUUUAAGAAGGCUUUAUGCAACACUCCUGUUUUCUAACUCGAUGGCUAGGCCGGAGCAUGUAUGGGAAAGCACACGGAGAAUGCUAUCCGAUGACAUUCUUCACCGACAAAGAAGGUUACUCAACAAUCAAGAUGAAGAAUUAUGGGAUUUGACGUUGAUAGAAAUUAAAAAACUACUCAAGAGUUAUAACAAGAGCUUAAGAGAUUUUCCAUCAAUGCCAUUCCCUAAUAUUGAUACAAGUUUGAUACAAAUUAUGAAUGGGGGAAACAAUAAGUUGAUUUCUGAUGAACUUCGGUACGAUAAACAAAUUUUGACUGCUGAACAUGAAGUGUAUGUAAAACAACUAACAAAGAGCAAAAGAGAGCUUAUGAAGAAGUGA